UCUAAAAAUUCCCGCAAAAUGGAGGUCUGGCAGUUCGGCAUGAUUUUGCUGCUUGGCUUCGGAACAGAUUUGAUCGAAUCUUCGGAUUUCUAUUCUUUAAAUGUGGAAGAUUUAAAGGGAAAUAUCGUACCAAUGAGUGUGUUUAAAGGAAAGGUGUUGUUGAUUGUGAAUGUUGCCAGUGAAUGUGGUUACACAGAUCAGCAUUAUAAAGAAAUGGUUGAACUACAGACAAAGUUUGAUAGCCAUGGUUUCAACAUCCUUGCAUUUCCGUGCAAUCAGUUUGGCAAACAGGAACCCUUAAGGAAUAGCGGCAUUGCUAGAUUUGUGAAAAACAAAUACAAUGUGAACUUUCCAGUGUUUUCGAAGAUCAAGGUUGUUGGAAGAGAAGCCCAUCCUUUGUACACGUACCUUUAUGCAAGUGUGAAAUAUGCUCCACAAUGGAAUUUUGCCAAAUAUCUUGUGAGUAGAGCAGGCAAAGUGAUUCAAUUUUGGAGUCAACAUUAUUCACCUUUGGCUCUGGAGAAUUUUAUCAACAAAUAUGUGAAUAUGGCAAUAACUGAUGAAUAUGAAGUCUAUAAUGUUUAUAAGGAACUAUGAUGUAGCUCUAACUUUAAAAGAGGGAAUUUUGCAACAUUAAAGUCACAGUUCAUCUAAAUUUACCAAAAUAAAAAAUAAAAAAAGAUACAUUUUGUUUUCAUUCAGUUUUCAUCAAUACCUUUUCUGAAAUGAUGGACCUUAGAAAACGAAAAAUACUUAUGCAAGACAGACUGAGUUUUUUUUAGGCAACAAUUGCACAAAAAGGUACAAUAAUUAACUACAGAAAAGGGUAUGUCUGGGUAUGUAAGGUAAUAAAGUGAGUACCUGGGCUUUGAACUACACUAUUUCAUGGCUAAUAAUAUACAUGAAAAAAUUUCUCAGUUCUGAUUGGUUAAGAUGAAUGCAGUUUUCAGUUAAUUCAGUGCAGA